AUGAGAGUACAGCUCAGGAAUGAUCAGGGCUCGCUCUUAGCAGGAAAGGAAGAAUCGGAGCACAUAGCAGCCUUCUUAAGAGGAGUGUACCAUAGCCGAGACAUCACGCAGCUCCCACCGGCCUCCGGCAUAAAUGGAGUACACUUCUCUUCUGAGGAUUUGAAACUAGCUAUUGCGAAGAUCAGUCCGAGCAAAGCUCUACCAGCCGGAUUCGCACCCGCCCGUCUCUGGAAAUUGGCAGCAAAUCAGGUUGUGUCCGCACUCCUGCCAGCCGUGAAUCUGAGUGCCUCGGCUCUACAUGAGGACUGGCAUAAAGUUCAGCUACACCUUAUUCCCAAAGUCCCCAUAGUGCGAGAGCCCAAAAACCUACGGCCAAUUGCUCUACUACAUCCAGGAAACAAGAUCCUGGCAAUCAUGCUAGCGCAUAAAGUGGAGCCCAAAAUUGAGAGCUAUCUUCGGGAGGUGCCGCAAUGGGCUUAUCUCAAGGGCCGUUCAACGGCAGAUGCACUCGAGUCAGUAUGCUCGCAUUUCCUUCAAGUUCGUGACCUCAUUGCAAGUGGCUCCUCCUCUUUGCCUCAAAGGUUUCUAGGUGGCCAGCCGCACAGGCUAGUGGGAGGUUUGUCGAUCAGCCUUGACAUCAAAAAGGCCUUUGAUAGUCUGCCCCAUAAUUUCCUUCAAGAGGCGAUGAUAGAUGCUGGGUUUGAUCAACAGGAAAUCAGCUUAGUGAUGCAUCUGCAUGAACGUGCUUGUCUGCAGGUGGGCAGAUCAGCUGAAUCGGCCGACGUCUAUUUAGGAACGGGAGUCCGCCAGGGAUGCUCACUCUCUCCAUUGCUAUGGGCUUUGAUAACGGGGAAAGUGUACCGAAUGUUUCAGGCAGAGUUGAAAACUCAGUCUCUUCCGGAGGGCCUCAUCAACAUCUUUGCUGAUGACUUUUUCGGCAGCUGGACGGUCCAGGACUCUCUAGGCUUUGCAAGGGCCAUAAGAGCCGUAGGCGUACUGGUUACCACCCUCCAAAAAGCAGGGCUCCAGCUCAGCAUGGAGAAGACUGUUAUCCUGCUGGCAUUGGGGGGUACCAGCGCGCCGUCUGUUCUUGCCAAACACCGCAAAUACAUCGAGGAUGUGCCCCACUUAGUCAUACCGGUUGGUCAAUGUAGGCUCCCUUUCAAGAUUGUAACCGCACACCGCUACCUAGGCGCCAAGCUGGCUUACAAGGGCUUUGAGCUACUGAACCUGCGGCACAGACUGGAUGUCUCAUGGGGCAGCUUCUGGCGCCUGCAUCACAUUUUCAAGGCCAGAUCCUUGAGCCUAGGCACCAAGGUAACUGAGGAGGAUCAGAAGACCAUGACCGCGGAAGAGUCUCCCGAGAACAAGCCCCUUCAAGUCCAGGCCCAUGCGGAGGAUGCCUCCAUGCAGAUCGCGCUGCCCACUGAAUUGCAGGGAGCGGAUCCGCAAACGAGGAUGGACCUGGAGGGGGUUUCCCGAGACGAGCUCAUGGAAGCGGCAGCGGAGCUGCAGCACAUCCAAACCAUGGCUCUCAAGGGUCAGAACUUCUUUGGGCCAGCGCAGGGUCCAUCGUCAGCCAUGCCAGCUCUCCCUCCGACGUCUACCAUGGAGGUUCAAACCCCCCCGAGACACUCAGAGAAUCGGCAGCAGCCCCGUCCCAGCCAGUUUCCGUCACAGCCCAAGUACCCCAGAACCAACAACGGAAAGGGUACGGACCAGGGCAAGGGCCACCACCUCGAGACUCAGACGGAGAAUCAGCAGCAGACCCAACGAGGACGCACCAGGCCUCAGUUCCAGGGACAACAGAGCAAUGCUCAGACAGGCCGCUCCGGCAACCCACGCUCCAGACCUUCUGGAAACGACAGCCUGGUGGAGCACAUGGCCCAGUUGCUCAUCCGGCACGACAACUUCUGGAACGGGAUGCAGACGUCCACCGGAUGGAUCAUGUUUCUCGGCACAGCUCCACCACUCACGACGCUGCCACUACUUCAUCAGAUCGGCACCGAAUGGCAUCGCAUGAAGGCCGAAGAGCCGGCGAGCCUACAGCAGCCAAUGAGGGUCAUCUUGUACCAAACAUGGGCCAACGAGAUGCACAAGAGGGUUCACGAGCUGCAGACAGAUCAGGACAAGAUGCAGGAGGCUGUCCGCCGGGGAAUCCUGACCGACACGGGCCACUUCAAGUUUGUCCAGUGGAACAAGGAGGCACAGGCCCUACGCGAGGUACCCAGCAUUGCUCCGUUGAGCAUGCAGGAGGUUCUCUCCCUCCUAGACGAGUCCAUAGUGCUCAGCAUUGUGGACGGGGUCCUCAUCAAUUUUCAUCCGACCAGGACACUGGCAGAGCACAUGACGGGCCCAACAGUUACGUUCAGCCUAACCGUGGGCCUUCGGGAACCGAAGGCGUUCCGCUUCUGGUCAAUCAUGGAGUCCCUAUCGGGCAAUGCAUCGCUCCAGCUAGUGGCGACUACCCUUCGCAGGGAACGGCGCCAGCGAUCGGCCCUUGCACAGACCAUCGCCCAGGAGCUGAGACGUACAUGA